UUGGUGUCAGGUGUGAUUUUUGUCUGAUGGAUCCCGGGUCUGAAGCUGCGCCCGCGGGCGUACAUGCACGCGACGAGCUCUCCGAGAAAUGUCAGAAGUUGUUUCUAGAGUUUUUGGAAGAGUUUCAGGAUAAAAACGGUGAUGUUUUAUAUCUGGCUGAUGCGCAAGAGUUGAUCAGACCGGAGAGAAACACUCUCACUGUCGGCUUCAGUAACAUUGAGCACUACAACCAGCAGCUGGCCACCACCAUCCAAGAGGAAUAUUACAGGGUUUAUCCGUAUCUCUGUCGAGCAGUUCGGCACUUCGCCAGAGAUCAGGGAAACAUUCCUCCAUCAAAAGAGUUUUAUGUGGCCUUCUCAGACUUUCCAUCCAGACAAAAGAUCCGUGAGCUCUCUACCGCGCGCAUCGGCACUCUUUUACGCAUCAGCGGGCAGGUGGUGCGCACUCACCCCGUACACCCGGAGCUGGUCAGCGGUACUUUCCUCUGCCUGGACUGUCAGUCUGUCGUCAAAGAUGUGGAGCAGCAGUUUAAAUACACGCAGCCGACCAUCUGCAAGAACCCUGUGUGCGCCAACCGACGCAGAUUCAUGCUGGACACCAACAAGUCCCGCUUUGUUGACUUCCAGAAAGUGCGCAUCCAAGAGACGCAGGCGGAGCUGCCGAGAGGCUGCAUCCCACGCAGCCUGGAUGUGAUCCUAAGGGCUGAGGCUGUGGAAACUGCACAAGCAGGAGAUCGUUGUGACUUCACCGGCACAUUGAUUGUUGUACCUGAUGUGUCAGCUCUGGCCAUCGCAGGCACGCGGGCAGAAACCAGCAGCAGGGUGACGGGGAAAGAGGGAUUUGAUGCCGAUGGUAUUCAGGGGCUCAAAGCUUUGGGGGUCCGGGAGCUGUCGUACAGAUUAGCCUUCCUCGCCAACUACGUUGCUCCAACUAACCCACGGUUUGGAGGCAAGGAGCUUCGUCCAGAAGAUCAGACGGCAGAGAGUGUGAAGAAUCAGAUGACUGUGCAAGAAUGGGAGAAAGUGUUUGAGAUGAGCCAAGACAAGAACCUUUAUCACAACAUCUGCACCAGCCUGUUCCCCACCAUCCAUGGCAAUGAUGAAAUUAAACGUGGAAUUCUGCUUAUGUUAUUUGGUGGCGUUGCCAAGACCACCAUGGAGGGGACGUCUCUGCGAGGGGACAUCAACGUUUGCAUCGUUGGAGACCCGAGUACAUCAAAGAGCCAGUUUCUCAAACAUGUGGAGGAUUUCGCACCCAGGGCGAUCUACACCAGUGGCAAAGCCAGCAGUGCCGCGGGUCUGACCGCUGCUGUAGUAAAAGACGAGGAAUCGCACGAGUUUGUCAUUGAAGCAGGAGCUCUCAUGUUGGCCGACAACGGGGUUUGUUGUAUCGAUGAGUUUGAUAAGAUGGACCUCAAAGAUCAGGUGGCCAUACAUGAAGCCAUGGAACAGCAGACCAUCUCCAUCACAAAGGCUGGUGUAAAGGCCACUCUGAACGCACGCACUUCCAUUCUGGCUGCUGCCAAUCCCAUUGAUGGCAGAUACAACCGUGCCAAAUCUCUGAAGCAAAACGUCAACAUGUCGGCACCCAUCAUGUCCAGAUUUGACCUUUUCUUUAUACUGGUGGAUGAAUGCAAUGAGGUGACCGACUACGCCAUCGCCCGCAGGAUUGUAGAUCUUCAUGCCAGGAACGUGGAGUCAGUCGAAAGAGUUUACAGUACGGAUGAAGUCCAGAGAUACAUACUGUUCGCCCGCCAGUUCCAGCCCAAAAUAACUCCAGAGUCUCAGGAGUUUGUUGUAGAUCAGUACAAACGUCUGAGACAGAGAGAUGGAGGCGGGACUUCAAAGUCAGCCUGGCGAAUCACAGUCCGGCAGCUGGAGAGCAUGUUACGCCUGUCUGAGGCCAUGGCCAGACUUUACUGCUCAGAUGAGGUUCAGCCCAAACACGUGAAAGAGGCCUUCAGACUUCUGAAUAAAUCCAUCAUUCGGGUGGACUCUCCCGACAUCAAUUUCGACCAAGAGCAGGAAAAUGAUGUAAACGAUCAGAAUGAGCUGUUUGUGAAAGAGACUGAGGCGCCGAAAGGAGUUUAUGAGAACGGUCAUCCAGAGGAACCUAUGGACACAGUUGAUGCAGCAGGAAAGCCGGAGAAAGCUGUUGCAGACAAACAAGCACUGAGAAUGUCAUUUUCUGAAUAUAAGAGAAUCUCCAACCUGCUGGUGCUUCACAUGCAGAAGAUGGAACAAUUGGAUGAGGAGGCAUCGCUUAAGAAGAGUGAACUGAUCAACUGGUACCUGAAGGAGAUGGAGAGUGAAAUCGAGUCUGAAUAUGACCUCAUCGCUAAGAAGAAUCUCAUCGAGAGGGUUCUGCACAGACUCGUUCAUUAUGACCAUAUCAUCAUCGAGCUGACUAAAACAGGGCUGAAGAAGAUCAGUAAGGAUGGAGACGAACCUGUUAUGGAGGAAGAUCCAUUUUUAGUGGUGAAUCCCAAUUAUAUACUGGAAGACUAGUUGUAUUGGCUUCACCGACAUUAAGAUUUCUUACCUACUGUUUCAUGCAUGAAUCCUAAAUUAUGACAAACUAUAUAUGUGAC